AUGGGUUCAGGUAAAAAUAUACAUCAGCUACCACUUAAAUACUCAUCAUCGGAUAAACACCGGUCACUGAAAUUGGUAUUACAAAGUGAGCUAAUAUACAAAUAUCAAUUGUACAUUCACAGUCCCGAGGAUGUUCCUUAUUUUAAUGCUGUAGGAUACCUUAUUUCUACAAGGCCGACAGUACACAAUUUUAAUGUCGAAGAGAUACACAACAAUGAUGAUGUAAUCCAUGAAAGUAUAACCCAGCGAAUGUGCAAAUUUCCGAUGGAAAACAACAGUUCAAUUUUCGUUUACAGCUUUUCCACUUGCAUGUCACAAAUCAGGAGCGAAAUGGAGAUGAAAACUUGCAAUUGCACGUUAUUCAAUCCUACAUCAACAA